AUGGAGCCCACAAUCCCCGAGACUCACACCCACAAGUCUCCCUCGAACGGGGCGGAUUUUGAUAUUGAAGACCAGCCCAAGUAUCCCCAAAAACGAAUCCUCAAAACCAACAAAAGCUACAGGGAUGAGUGGAGAUAUGGUUCCAAGGUACGCGUGGUGAAGUAUUACGCCGUGCAUGUCUGUAUAGGCAUAGUGGUUGGCGGUAUCAUUGGUGUGAUAGUGGGUCUAUGUCUUCGGUAUGCAGGUAAAUAG